UCCCCGAGCUCUCCUUUGAGCCCCGGCAGCAUGGGUCCCUGGUCCCGCUCCGUGCCCGCUGCCCUGCUGCUGCUUCUCUGCACAGUCGGCCCCUCGCUCUGCGAUACACCUGCCAACUGCACCUACCCUGAACUGCUGGGCACCUGGGUCUUCCAGGUGGGCCCCGGAGCUUCCCGGCAGGACGUCAACUGCUCGGUGAUGGGACCACCAGAAAAAAAAGUAGUGGUGCACCUUAAGAAGUUGGAUACAGCGUAUGAUGACUUCGGCAAUUCUGGCCGUUUCACCAUCAUUUACAAUCAAGGCUUUGAAAUUGUGUUGAAUGACUACAAGUGGUUUGCCUUUUUUAAGGAUGUCACUGAUUUUAUCAGUCAGUUGUUCAUGCAACUGGGAACUGUGGGAAUAUAUGAUUUGCCACAUCACAGGAACAAACUGGUUAUUAAAUAGAGCAUCUGUUGAAGGGCUCUUUUAAAACCACAGCCCAAAACAGGCUUUGGGGCUAAGAGGCAGAGCAGCGUGCAGCCCUGGAUCUACCUACCUCUGACAGCUAGCAGGCUCGUAGCAGCUUCAGGCCCUUCUGGAGUCUGUAUGUGCAUAUGAAAUGCAGAGGCGUCCUGGUGACCUACCUCCAAAGCAGCUGCCCUCCUGAACAUUACCAUGGAAAGCAGCCACCACCAUUUUGGAAUGUGAACAAACAGAGGCUACGCAGGAGAAAGAAAAAAUAACCUGGACGUUUUAGGUGGCUUCACCAUUCAGCCUUUGAAUGAAAGGAACAACACGCAACACAAGUUUUGUUUUUUGGUGGUUUUUUUUUCGUUUUUUUUCUUUCUCUUUUGAAUACUCUUCUAUUGAAAUAAUUUGUCCAAUCUGGCUAGGAUUGGAAUUUGGUGUUUCAUUUUAUUGACGGUGCAACUUUUGUUCACAGUUAAAUUAUCUUCCUGAUGGCUUCUCUUUUUCUAAUGACCUUGAGGAACCCCAGCACCUAUCGUAAAGAGGAAUUAAGGCUUCAGGAUAUCUUGAGAUGGACAGAUAUGUUAUUGGUGGAAAGAUGGACCUGUGGAGGACAUGUUGGGGGUGAAGAGGUUUUCUAUGAUAGGCCAAACUGCUGAAGGAUAUCUUUUUGUAGAUUAUAGGCCUGCAGUACCCCUGGCCAGAAAGAGGGUAUGAUGAGUACAUUUGUUUGUUUGUUUGUUUGUUUGUUUUAGAUUAGAUGCUGGCCUUCUGCUAAGAACUUGAGGUACUUUACCGUACAAAACCCCUAUAAAGUAAAUAUCACUAGCUUCAUUUUAGACAUAGGGAUAAUUAGUUUCAUACAAUGCUUAAGCUCACACAGCUUGUUAAAUGAGAAGGGCUAGUCUUUCAAGCUUACGGAUUUCCUUGUGGCUAAAGAAUGAAAGAAAAGCCAUUGCACAAAGCAGUACAGGUAGUUGGAGUCACUUUUGGGUAGAUUUUCUGCAGAAUCCCAGGCUGUAAGUAUCACAAAUGUUAGUUUUAUGGAGUAGAAUAUGCACUGCAUUGGCUUCUGUGGAAAAUGAGAAGAAUCGGCUUGAAGCCUAGGUUUCCUUAUGAAAUGAGGCAACUCAUUUUCUAUCCUCAGCCAGGGGCCUGUCAUUCAAGACAAAAAAAAUGACCACCUCCUUCCCUUUGUAGUCCCCAAAAUUGGCAGCAGAGCUUUGUAAACUUCAAAUGAAGUACAACUUACAUACCUUUGCCAAGUUCGUAUCUCUUAAUAACACCAUUGUUCACACUGAUUACUAUCAUUUAGCUCUUUCCUGCUACACAAUGGACUAGUUUCCUCCUCAGUUUUUCCAAGCUGAUUGAUAUCAGCCUUGGUAAACUGAAAAUGUGGGGCUACACCUAAUUCAUACUGUCCAGGAGGACUCCCCUCCUGCAUCCCCGCUUGAAUGGAGGAAUCUUUCUUUAACCAGCAGACUGCCGUCUUGACUUGCUUGGUUCAGAUAACUUUUUAUACCACCUGAAAGGUACUGGUCUGCGAUUCUGCGAAGGCUGUAUCCUAUAAAGAUGAAGUAACAGUACAGCUGACUACUUCUGCCUGGGUACUUUCUCCUUCCUACCUCUGGACCUGGUAAUUCUUCAUCACUCAGGACUUUGAUACCAUCUUCUCCAAGUCCAUUAGUAGGAGAAACGCCGUAAUUUUGCUUCCCAUUAUGCUUUGCAGACGCCUCUGCUGUACUAACUUCCUGUAAUGGACUGAUUUCAUAGCAUGUCUUCUUUUUUUCCAGACUGAAAAUAUUUGUUUACCUAUAUAUCUUUAGCACCUAAUGAACAUAGAACUUUAUAGGUGCUUGGAAAAUUAACCACAUUCUCUUGUCUUUUCAAAGACUUUCUACAAGUAAUACCAGCUUACAAAUAAUUAAUUCCUAGGGUUCUAGAAGCACAAAUCAGGACUGGUGCUAUGUUUAUAUUUUUGCUUUCAUACUAAAAUAUGUCAGGUUACCUGCCUCCAGAGUUCUAAGAGAGUUGUAUAUUUUCAUACUGAUUUUCAGGAUGUAAAUACUGACGAAGUAACCAAUAUGUGUAAAAAUGUAUUAUAAAAUUUUAAAUUACCUCUACUAAACUGAUUUUGUUGUUGUUGUUUCUCUGAGUAACUUUGUACCUAAGUGUUUAUUUUGAUUAUGGAAGAAGAGAAGACUGGUGGGUACAAAUUGCAGAUACAGAUACAUGUGUUAGAAGUCCUCACAAUAUAAUACUGCUUAGCAUUCUCUGUUAUAAUUGCCUAUUUGUCCUCUCUUCUGGUCUUCAGACUCCGUGAGCAAGGAUCAACUCUGUAUUACUGACCAUUUUAUUCCCUAUGUAUAUCACAGAAUGAUAAAUAGAGCACAAUGUGAUAAAUAAUAGGGUUUCAAUAAAUAUUUGUAAAAGAAAGAAAAUUUAAUAAUAUAUUAUUGUAUUGUCCUAUUUUAUUGACAUGUUUCUGGAAGUAUUGUUACCUUUGUGAGCCUGUGGUAGACUCUCAGGCCAUAUUUAUAGUAUAAUUUUAUAGAAAACAGGAUGCUUUUAAAUUUUAUUCUGUUUAUUUAUGUUCUAAUUUUUGUGUGAGGCUGUAGAGGCCAAGAUAGGGUUCAAAAUUAAAAAGAGUCAACUUUCUGAAUUACUGAAAACUAAGUUAGCUGUCAGGGAAUGGUGAGCUUCAUGAUUACAGUGAUUCCCCAAAGCCUGGAGAAUCAAUAAGCCUGGAAUGCUGUAGGUUAUGUAUGCCCCAUUCCUAUUAACUACAGUGAGAAACACCAGCCAACAGAUAGAUGAGAUGAACUCUAAGAUUUCUUCCAACCUCACAGUUUUAACAGUUUAUGAGCCAGGGAUGUAAAGCACAUCAUAGGGAAUACCGUCAAUAUUGUAUUAACUACAUGGUGUCAGAUGGGUACUAAACUUCUUGAGGUGAUCAUUUCGUAAGUUAUAGAAAUGUCUAAUCACUAAGUUGUACACCUAAAAGUAAUGUAAUAUUGUAUGUCAACCCUAAUUGAAAAUUAAGUUAAAACGUUGGUGAGUAAGUGAUGAAUGAGCCAAGGGACUUUGGCUACUUUGUUGAGUAGUCAAUUGCUAUAUUCUUAACUAGUUCUGCAACAUAUAUUUUAGUUCUAACUGAAUGUCCUUUCAACACUGGAGAUAAAUAAAUUUAUUACCCUCCAUUAUUACAUUUAAAUCUAGCUGCCAAUUCCUUCAGUAAAAUGCUGGAAGUUAUUUGGUUGCAACCACUGUGACAGUUUCCUGGUAGUUUCACGAUUCAUUAAAAUUCAACUUUUAAAAUAAAUGCUUAAGUCUAGUUAGUAGGCAGAAAAACUAGAGAAAAUCCUUGAAACUGAUGUAGGAAAGUUUGUUUCUUCCUGAAGAAAGAUGGGAUGCUCUUGGAUGGGUUUGGCAAAAUACCAAUUUGGUAAAACGUGCCUGUUCUCUUUUGUUGCCUUCUAAUGGCUUUACUCACACUCCAGACCUGACUGCA